CUGUCUUUCUCCCUGUAUGUCUGUCUCUGCCUAUAUCUCACCCUUUCUGCCCAACUCUCUCUCUUUGCCCCCCACCCCCACUCCGUUCCUGUCUCUCUGUCUUUCUCUCUCCCUCUAUGAUUUGUUCUCUCAGUCUGCACCCUUCCCUCAGUUUUUUUCUCCCUCUCUGUAUCCCCCUGUUUUUAAUCUGUCUCACUCAUUUUUUUUUUGUCUUUCACUCGCUCUGUCUCUCUAUCUUUCUCUCUCCCCCUCACUCUCUCUCUCUCCUCCUUCCGCGUGCUGAUCCUGCCUGCAUGGCUCCAGAGAGCAAUGAAAGAAAUCCCCCAGCAGGGGCGGACGGCCAAUCAGAAGGCUGCGCUGCUGUUCCCUGGCCGGGAUUGCCAUGGCUGCCACCAUCAAUCAAGAGGCGAGCGGCCAAUGGGAGGCAGGGACCGGCACGCACGCGGCGUCUGCUUCCCCCCCUCUCCCCCCUCCCUCCCCUCCCGCUCGGCGCUGCCAAUGAUCCGAGCCUCGGUGCAAGUUGUCAAAGGCUCGGCUCGUUUAACAAGUCAGAUCACUCCGGCUUAGCAAGUCAUGGCGACCACAGCAUCUAAUCAUUACAUUACGAGCAGCAACAUCCUCACCUCCAACUCCAUCGUUCACGCAGAGCCAGGGAGCAUGCAACAAGGGACAGCCUACAGGGAUGCACAGAAACUGGUCCAGAAUGAUUACAUGCAAAGCAAUGGACACCCUCUCAGCCACGCUCACCAAUGGUUAACGGCUCUCUCCCACGCCGAGGGCUCUCCCUGGUCGGCCGGCGUUCCGGCCAGCCCCCUCGGUCAGCAGGACAUCAAGCCCUCGGUGCAGUCCGGGAGGGACGAGCUGCACAGCGGGGGCACCCUCCACCACCGGCCCCCUCACAUGGUCCACCAGCACGGCAAUCACCACGGGGCGUGGGGCAACAGCACCUCCGCCCACCUGCCCAGCCUGGCUUCCAACGGCCAGAGUCUCAUCUACUCGCAGCCCGGCUUCACCGUCAACGGCAUGAUCAACCCGGCCAGCAGCCAGGCCAUACACCACGGGCUGAGGGAGGCUCAUGAGGAGCACCACGGGGAGCACGUCCCGCACCACCAGCAGCACCCACCGCACCACCACCACCACCACCAGCACCAGGGCCACGAGCACUCGGACGAGGACACCCCCACCUCGGACGACUUGGAGCAGUUCGCCAAGCAGUUCAAGCAGAGGAGGAUCAAGCUCGGAUUUACCCAGGCCGAUGUGGGACUCGCUCUCGGGACGCUGUACGGCAAUGUCUUCUCGCAGACCACCAUCUGCAGGUUCGAGGCGCUGCAGCUCAGCUUCAAGAACAUGUGCAAACUCAAGCCCUUGUUGAACAAGUGGCUGGAGGAGGCUGACUCCUCGUCCGGAAGCCCCACCAGUAUAGACAAAAUCGCUGCCCAGGGCAGGAAGAGGAAAAAGCGGACCUCUAUCGAGGUGAGCGUCAAAGGGGCUUUGGAGAGCCAUUUUUUGAAGUGCCCCAAGCCCUCGGCCCAGGAGAUCAACUCUCUGGCGGACAGUCUGCAGCUAGAAAAGGAGGUGGUCAGGGUUUGGUUUUGUAACAGAAGACAGAAAGAGAAACGAAUGACUCCUCCCGGAGGAGCUCACCCCGGAGCCGAGGAUGUAUAUGGGGCCAGAGACACUCCGCCGUCACAUCAUGGGGUUCAGACUUCUGUACAGUGAAUGACCACUUCUCUCACUUUUUGUUCCUUUUAUUUGUUCUUUUCUUAACGAACAGCUUAAAACACUGGACUAUCGUUACGAUAGCUCACGCUAAUGAUGUGUUUUGACCUAUACAGAAGGAGCUCGCAGGCAAAUGCAUUCACACUACUUUCAAAUCUUACAGUUUACGCCAAAUGAGUGGGAGCCCAAUUCGACCCAUGAACAUUAGUUUACAUGAUGUCCA